UUAUUUAAAAUUUGUUUAUAAACGAAACAACAUUAAAGAGAAAUUGUGACGGAAGUUUUUAAAGAAAAUAAUUUAAAAAUAGUUAAUAUAUAAAUAAAAAAUCUUUAAAAAAAAAUUAAAAAAAUUAAGAAAAUGAAUUUCUUAACAGUGUGUAAAAGUUUUAUAAUUAUCAUUUUAUUAUUGGGUGUUUUAAGUGCCCCUACAGAGAGCAAAAAAGUGAUAUUUUUUGGUAAACCCUCAAUAAAUCUUUCACAACUCUUGAUCACCCAAAAUCGUGGCAAACCCUGUCAAAAAGGCUUUUUAUUAGAUCAUCGUAAUCGUUGUAGAAGAGUUUUAUCAUUUAGUCGAUUAACACGCGGUUAAGUUAAAACAACUUCCGAAGAGUCUCUAAUUAUGUAGUAGUGAUAAGAAACAUACAUGUGUCAGCAGCGGAUGUAAGGUAUUCUGUGGUAUUUUUGAAAUUUACCAGUGUUUUCCACCGUAUUAUUGAAUGGAUUUCGUAUGAUUGUAUAAUUGGUACUGAAAAAUGAAUUGCAAGUAUAAAAAACGAUAAUUUUAUUUUCAACCUGACAACUUUAAAAAGUUUUAUUGGCGGCAAGAUAGUGCUUUAGUUAUUGACAAAAAGUUCAACAAACAUUUGCACUUUUUAAGUACGUAUGAUUGUCUGCUGUAAAUUAGAUGUUUAAUAUUAUCUUAAGUAUUUGUUUAAUAAUAUUAGACAAUUUCAAUAUUUCAAUUUGUCACGAUUAUAAUGAAAAUGUCUUAGGUUAGUGACAUUGAAUGAAAAGAAAGAAAAAAAAAAACAAGUUUUCGCUUUAAUUGAAAAGCAACAACCACAAUAUGUAUCGAAAAUUUAUAACAAUAAUUUUGUUUAUUUGUAAUUAUCUGUCAAAUUCCACAGUUAUUAAUUGAAGUAUUUUUUUAUAAAUAUGUAGACAUAGCUAGUGCUAUAAAGAUUUAAAAAUUGGUUUGAUAAUUAAAAAUAAUUUCAAAAAUUCUGAUUAAAAACAUGUGGCUAUUAAAGCUUUGUUUUACGCUAAUAUAAAGUUAAUAUAAGUUUAAAAAAUAUUUUUUAUCAAAUUUUAAAUGUAGACUAAUUUUCUCAUUUUCUACACUUUAAUAAUUUAUUUAUUUUUAUUUUAUUAUUGACUCCUCUCCGCAGUGUUUUUAGUAAAAAAGCUAUUUGUUUUUAGCAAAUGACCACAUGUUAUUAAAAAACAGUUAUGAAGACAUAAAUUGAUAUCGUUUGUGAGUUAUUUUUUUGCAAAUAGCAAAAAACACAGAAUAUUUAUAGAGAUUUCGACAUUAAUAUUAUAUGAUUGAUGUUUCUUUAAUGACAAUAGAUAUAUCAAAAAAGAAAAGCUAAAUUAUUAAAAAAUUUUAUUCAAGUGUUUAUUUAAUAAUUAUUUAAAAACAUAUAGAAUUUCCCUUAUCCUUCUAAUCGAAUCAUGUAUUAAAAUAAUUAUAUAUAUGUAACCCUGCUGACCUAAAAUUAAUUCGAAAUAGUAUUAAUUGAUAGUUUUUUAUUAUUUAUUGCUUUUUGUAUAUUA